AUGCCCGCUCCCCUGGGGAAUAUCCCCGAUCUGAAGAUCGAUGAUUCGGCAGACCCGGCAGUUGAAGAGCCUGUGUCAGAACUGUACUCACAUCCAAAUGGCUCAAACUCGUCGUUCACACACUCAAAUGCAUAUCGCUACUCCAGAUCGCGCUCUCCCAAACGUGUCUCAUCACCAAUAAGAAAAGGAUCUCCAACGCGUCAGCAACCUUUCAAAGUUGGAUCCAUCACAAUGAAUAACUCAAGCGAGAACCUGUCCCUAAAACCUGGUGGUUCAUUCCCGAUGAAUGGCCCAAGAGCUUCAUACAGACGUGGUCACAGAUACAAACAUUCCUCGGUGUCCAUGAACAUGUUUCAAGAGCCGCCCAAACGCACAUCGGUGCCCAUUCCUCAACCGUACCCUCUUCCAACUUACAAAGAAGUGGUGGCAACCCUCAGCUUACAAGAUAAACUUAAACUGGCAUACUGUGGUUUUCUAAUAUUGCUCAGCCUGGCAACCUAUUUAAUAGGCUUCAAAUACGGCAAUCUCUGUCUGUCGACUCUCUCGCAUCUCGUCUUCUACGACUCCAUUGGUAAUUUGAUAACUGUGAUCGUGCAGGUCAUGACCAACUUCCCGAUAUGGAACGACUCGUCGCUGAAGUAUCCGUUUGGACUCGGCAGAAUAGAGGUGCUGGCGGGAUUCGGGCUGUCAGUCUCUCUUCUCUUUGUGGGUGUUGAUCUGUUCUCGCACAUAUUUGAGAAUGUGAUGUUCACACUCGCUCUUGGAGACCUUGACGAAGCAGCACAUGCUCAUCAUAUUCACGGCGAAAAGGGACAUCUCAAUCUGAUGUUCUACGAGUGCUACCUUUUAGCGAUCUGUUUGGUGACAGUAUUGUCGCCUCGUAUCAUCUCCAGAACGAAAAAACCGGCUGAGCCUGCCAUUUCGCGUCCAAAAAGAGUUAGCUCCAUCACUCUACAAGAAGAGCCAGUGGUCAACAUCAAGUCGCAGAUCAAAAAGACGCAGAACCAACUCACCAACUAUACAAGCAUUCUGUCAAUCGGCUACGCAACUUACGCCAUGGUGUACCCGCUGGUUGCGCAUAUAGAGCUAGUGACGGUUGUGAACGAUUUUUCCAGCUUGAUUUUGGCCUUCACUGUGCUAUUCUUAGCAUGGAGGCUGAUUUCUCGCCUCUCAGGCAUUCUAUUGCUUCGCAACCCGCGCACCGAUGUUGAAUCUCGCAUUGUCCAGAAUAUACAAUCCUUGGAAGUGUACAAAUCGUCUUACAAAAUAGGACGGCUCAAGAUUUCCAAGGUAAACCACAGAAUAUAUGUGGUUAUUCUUAGCAUGCGCAUGGCUGGGGCCUCCGACGACGACGAGUCGAAGAUGAGAUUCUACGCUUCUCGUAUUAUUCGCAGCCUUCUCUGCCAAGAUGAAGCAGCAGAGGUCGAUCUGGAUGCCGAGUUCGACUACAUGGACCAAUCGGGCGAGCAGUUCGAAAUCACCAUCGAUAUCCAACGGACCUAG